CCCGGCGCGGUCGGGGGGUGGGGGCCAAGAUGGCGGCGUCCCUGUGGCUGAGCGGCGGCGGGGAGCGGCUGCUGCGGCUGCUGCGGGCCGGGCGCUCGGCGCUGGGCGCGGGGCUCUCCCUGCCCGCCCGGCCAGGCUGGAGGCACCUGCACGGCACCCGGGAGCUGCUGGGUACCCCUGGUAUUAAAGUUCUUAUGCCUGCACUUUCUCCAACAAUGGAAGAAGGAAACAUUGUGAAAUGGUUAAAAAAGGAAGGUGACACAGUGAAUGUUGGAGAUGCACUGUGUGAAAUUGAAACGGACAAAGCAGUGGUUACCAUGGAAUCAAGUGAUGAAGGCGUGUUGGCUAAAAUACUGGUGGAAGAAGGAAGCAAAAAUGUUCGCUUGGGCUCACUAAUUGGUCUGCUGGUAGAGGAAGGACAGGACUGGAAGCAAGUUGAAAUACCAGCUGAUGCUGGUGUUCCAUCUUCUGUGGCUCCACCUGCACCUGCCCCAGCUCCUGCAGCUCCCUCAGUUUCAGCCCCUCCUAAACUGCAACAUCAACCUGGGACAAUGCAGGUUCGCUUAAGUCCUGCAGCUCGCAGCAUUCUGGAGACACAUGGACUAGAUCCAAGCAAUAUUACACCUACUGGCCCUAGAGGAAUCUUCACUAAAGAGGAUGCUCUCAAACUUCUGCAAGAGAAGCAGAAAGGUAAACCCAGUGAACUGAAACCUGUGGUUUCUCCAGCUCCUGCUGCAGUGCCUUCUCCUUCACAAGCAACAGCCGUGACUUCUUAUCCAAGGCCAGCAAUUCCACCAGUUUCCACACCAGGACAGCCUGCUGCACUGGGUACAUUCACCGAAAUCCCAGCUAGCAACAUCCGAAGAGUUAUUGCUAAGAGAUUAACAGAGUCUAAAACCACCAUACCUCAUGCAUAUGCUGCUGCUGACUGUGUCAUUGAUGCUGUUUUGAAAUUAAGAAAAGAAUUGGCCAAAGAUGACAUUAAAGUAUCUGUAAAUGAUUUUAUUAUCAAGGCAACAGCAGUUACUCUGAAGCAAAUGCCAGAUGUGAAUGUAACGUGGGAUGGGGAAGCCUGCAGGCGGCUGCAGUCCAUUGACAUCUCCAUUGCCGUGGCAACGGACCGAGGGCUCAUUACGCCCAUCAUAAAAGAUGCUGCUGCCAAGGGAAUAAAGGAAAUUGCUGCCUCUGCAAAGGCUCUAGCAAAGAAAGCCAGAGAUGGAAAACUGUUACCAGAAGAGUACCAGGGAGGAUCUUUUAGUAUCUCCAAUCUGGGCAUGUUUGGCAUCAGUGGUUUCACAGCAGUCAUAAACCCUCCUCAGGCCUGCAUCCUCGCUGUGGGCCGAGCAAGGCCAGAGCUCAGGAUUGUGGAAGAUGAAGAAGGGAAUGAGAAACUUGAGCAGCAUCAACUCAUGACAGUGACUCUUUCGAGUGAUGGUCGAGUGGUGGAUGAUGAACUGGCUUCAAAGUUUCUGGAGACCUUGAAAGCCAAUAUAGAGAAUCCAAUGCGACUGGCCUUAAAUUAAACCCAGUGAAGAUUGCUUCCUGUUCUGACAGUAUAGAUAACUAUUAUUUACUUAAGGUUGUUUUCUGUAUAGAGGAGUAAAUAGCUGAAGACGGACAGUUAAGACUAUUUAAUUUAUGAAUUAAUGUGAAACGCUCAUGGUUUUAGUCUUCUGUAAUAGCCAGGUUUCCUACUGUAAAGCUAAAAGACUUGGAAGUUAACAAACCACGUUUCUUUAAGCAUUUAGUAUCAAUGAUACUUAUUUGCAUAGGAAAGUCAAUCUCAUCUGUAAAAAAAAUUCAAUAAAACUUUAUGAAAUAUAAAAGGGAAUAAUAGAAUAAUUUGGGUUGAAAGGGACCUUUAAAGGUCAUGUAGUCCAGCUUCUCCUGCAAUGAACAUGGAUGUCUUCUGAGCCCCACCCACCCUGACCUUGAAUGUUUCCAGAGAUGGGGGAUCUUCUGCCUCUCUGGGCAUCCUGUUCUGUCUUUUACAACCCUCACUCCAAAAAUCUUCCUUACAUAUAGUUUGAAUCUGCCCACUUUCAAUUUAAAAUUACCCCUUCUCCUAUUGCAACAGGCCCUGCUAAAAAGUUUGUUCCAAUCUUUCUUAAAAGCCUCCUUUAAGUUUUGAAAAAAACAGAACUUAAUUGUGCAAGUGGUGUUCUCAUAGAGGUCCCAGUAUGAAAGGUCAAUUUUUGCACACUGAAUAGUUGCUGAUUAAUGCUGUUCUUUGCAUGGAUGGAAUGUAGAUGUAAAUAGAAAGUGUUUCAUCAUCGGUGUAUAUUGAAACAUAACUUGGAGGCUCAAGUGCAGUGGCCUGAGCUUUAAAUUAACAGAAUUAGAUGGGUAUCUUUCUUGCAUAUGAAUAUGGAACCACAUGUUGCAUGUAAAUGUAUGAAAUUGCUGUGUUUACAGGACCUCAUGAGAAUAUAGAUUGUCAAUAGAAUUAUGGGAAUUUGUCUUUUUCUGGUUUGUGCAACUGCUUUUUCCUAAUGCUUUGUAGGAAUUAAUUAUGGCAGCAGCUCAACAAGUAAGCAGCUACUUGCAAGACAAACUUUACUUAACACUGAGGUGAGUUUCUGCUAAAUGAGUUUGCUUUUUUACCUUCUUCUGAUAUUAUAAAUUUCAUCAACUAUUAGUUUGAUUGUUAGGAGAGAAUGUGCAGGAAUGGACAUAACCAUUCUCUAUUUCCAAGAGUUUUUUACUGGUAAACCAUAUUAAAAAUUGGUUCUUGAGGAUUAA